AUGGCAUGGCGAUGCACAGGAACCACUAACACAGAGCUCAUCGACAAUAUGGCAAAGAGCAAGAUCAUCAACUCCGAGCGAGUCACCAAGGCGAUGACCAGAGUUGACCGCGCAUGCUACGUCCGACAGCCCAGUGCUGCGUAUGAGGACUCACCCCAGCCGAUCGGACACGGCGCGACGAUAUCUGCGCCUCACAUGCACGCCCACGCAGCAGAGAACCUCCUCCCUUUCCUGAAACCCGGCGCUCGCGUGCUCGACGUCGGCUCCGGCUCAGGGUACCUCUGCGCAGUCCUCUACCAGCUCCUCCAGGACCCUGGCGACCCGAGAAGCGCGGAGAGCAAGGUGUUCGGGAUAGAGCACAUCCCGGAGCUCGUUGACUGGUCGCUCGGGAACCUCCGCAGGGACGGGUUUGGGGAAGCUAUUGACCAGGGCAAGAUCAAGGUGAUAUCUGGGGACGGCAGAAAGGGCUUGCCCGAGGAGGGGCCAUACGACGCGAUCCACGUCGGGGCCGCGGCCCCAACGCUGCCCGCCCCGCUCGUCGAGCAACUUGCCCGUCCGGGACGAAUGUUCAUUCCUGUAGGGUCGCACAUGCAGCAGGUGCUACAGAUAGACAAGGACGAGAAUGGACAAGUGACAGAGACACCGCUUCUCGACGUGAUGUACGUGCCUUUGACAGACAGAGAUAAACAGGUGUGA